AUGCAGAAUGACGAUCUUUGCGAAAUAGAUGAUCUGAAUGAAAACACGGUUGUCGAUGUUCUUGAGCAAAGGUAUUUUGCAAACAAAAUAUAUACAAGGUCUGGGGUGGUGUUUCUAGCCGUCAAUCCAUACACAAGAAUGGAUUCGUGUGUGAAUGGCUUUGCUAAUCAAUGUUUUGAUGAAGAUAGAGAAGUUGUUCAUGUGUAUAGCGUUGCAGAAUCGUGCUACAGAGACUUUAGUGUGCAUGGAGAUCAAACAAUCGUUAUCAGUGGCGAGUCGGGAUCAGGCAAGACGGAAAAUGCAAAGCUUAUGAUAGACUAUCUAUUAAGAAAAUUGAAGAGCGAGAUGUCGAUCCACGAAGGCAUAGCUGCUGCUAACACAGUGCUGGAAGCGUUUGGAAAUGCUUGCACACGUAUUAAUGACAAUAGCUCCAGAUUUGGCAAGAGAAUAAAGUUACUUUUCAACGGCGACACAAGCAUUUGCGGAGCAGUGUUUGAGACUUAUCUUCUUGAAAAGAGCAGAGUUACGCAUCAUGAGCAAGGAGAGAAAAACUUCCAUGUGUUUUAUCAGCUUUGCGCCGCACACCAUUUAUUUAUCAAGAAUGAUUUUAUUGAUACAUCCAGUAUGCCAAACACCAUAGAGCUCGAAGAUUAUGCCAAAGAAUAUGCUAAAGUAUUCUCCUCUAUUGAGCAAUUAGAAAUACAAAAUGCUAAGCAGAUUGAAAAAUACUUGAUUGGAAUUCUGUAUCUGGGCUCUGUUGACUUUGUCAGUGAUGGUAUUCUGAAAGUGGUAAGAAAUGAUUGUUUUGUUGAAUUCUGUAGAAUAUAUGGCAUUGAUGAAGAUCUGGUUGAAGAAGUAUUGGUUAAGCUUUCCAUUCAAGUCAAGGGAGAGACGAUUGAGGUAUUCAAUACGCAAGCACAGGCAAUCACAAUAAGGAACUCGAUGGCAAGAUUAUUAUAUUCAAGCAUAUUCAAUUACAUCACGCUAUGUAUAAAUAAUCGAUUGAGAGGCAAGUGUGGUGUAAGUUCAAUUUCAGUGCUUGAUAUUUUUGGAUUUGAGGCAUUCAAAAGCAACGGCCUUGACCAAUUUUGUAUCAAUUGGACAAAUGAAAAAAUCCAAAGUGAAUUUGUCAGGAAGAUUUUGAAUGAAAAGCAAGAUAACUACAAGAGUGAAGGCAUUGUGUGGAAAAGUAUUGAGCAUAAAGCAGAUAAAGAAUGCAUCGUUGAUAUUGAGAAGCCUUGUGGACUGGCUGAUCUGAUAAGUGAAGAAAGUCAGAACUCAUGGGGCAGUGCGGCAAAUCUUGGUACUAAAAUAAAAAACUAUCUUGGUGCAAGCAUCAAAACAGCUGUGGACGAUAAAAUAAUAGUAUCACAUUAUGCAGGAGAUGUGGAAUAUGACCUCAAGUCGUUCAUUGAGAAGAACAAGGAAAAGGGAAAUUUAAAGAUAUUUACAAACAUGCCGAUUAUUACUGAUGACAACAGCAAAGGAGAUCUGGUACGAUAUUUUAAGCACUCGAUGAAUGAACUUUUGAGCUCUAUAGGCAAAACUCAGGUGAAAUAUAUCAAGUGUCUAAAGCCGAAUCUUUACAAAAAGCCGGGAGUUUUUGAUAGAGCAUUGAUAUCAAAACAACUAUUUGAGUGUGGAAUUCUGCAGGCAAUCCGAAUAAGCAAGCAGUGCUUUGCACAGGAAAUGCUCUUUGAAACUUUUCAAAAUAGAUACAGUAUACUUGGAGAAAGUGCUUACGGAAUCGUGAGUGUUAUAAAGGGAGCUAGCAAGUGCUUCAUGAGCAAUCAGACGCUGGAUAUAUUAGAGAACUGUAGAAGCCAUGCCUAUAAAGAGUGCUUUAGAAUCAUCAGGGUAUCAAUGCGAGCAUAUUUGAAAAAGCACUCGCAAGAAAAAAGGCAAAAAAUUACGUUUGUAAAUGAAAAUGAAUACAAUAAUGAACCUGUAAAUCCUGCAUCUGCUCCAGUGGUUAUAGAGUGCGAUGAUAUGAUGCUGAAAGACGAAGAAUCUGUGGUUGCAGGCUGUUCCGGCAUCGAUAUUGAUGAUAAAUGCAUCCAUGAAGGCGAAACCCAUAGAACAUAUAGUGAGAUAAUUAAAGAUCUGGAAUUGAAGAUAGAGCAAUACAAACGCUUCUGCGAAGCACCUUGUAGAAGCUGUAAAUCGCUUGAGAUGAAAUACAGAUUCCAAAGUGAAGCAUUGAAGAAAAAAAACAUGGUGGAGCUAGAACUUGAGAAAUAUAAGGCAAGGGUAGAGGAUUUAGAAAGAAAACUGUCUGAAAAAGAGGGAGAGGAUGAAGAAUCGCAGAUAAGCGUGUCAUUUACGAAUUCGUACAAUAUUUUUAGCUGCUUGAUUCAGCUAUACCUAGAAUUUGCGCCAUCGUUUCCAAAUGAAGAAGUUCCGAGGCCAGAGAUGCUAAGCUUGGCACAUUCUGCAUUUUAUGUAGUAAGCAAGCUUGAUAGAGAUGCAUUUGAAACAAGUUUUGGUAUAAUAGAUGAAAUAUAUCUUAAAUUGCAUUUGUUUGAGAGAAACAUUCACAAGAUUUCGUUUAUAUUGUCUAACCUGAUUGAAUACCAGAGUAUCCUUAGAGGAGAAGAUGUUUUUGUGGAAGAGAUAGAAAGCCUGAUAUCAAUAUUAUUCAAGCAUCUUUGUGAAUUGCAAAGAGUAUCUGUAUUGGAAGUACUGCCUCAUGCCAUUGUUGAGCAUCAGCAGCUUUCUAUAUUCAAAUGCAAUGAGGGAUAUCUCAAGAAGAUUUUCAAGCCGCCUCAUGUUUCAAAGCUGAUUCGACUUCUUGAAUACUUCCAUCAUCAAAUGCUGUACUAUCACAUCCCAGAGCCAUACAUUAUAGAAUCUGCUAAUUAUUUACUGAAAAUAAUCAAUGCAUCUGUUUUCAAUGAGAUCCUUGUCCGAAAGAAUUUUCUUUCAUUCAACAGAGGUGUACAGAUAAACUACAAUAUCAAUGAAAUAGACAAGUUUUGUAGAAGCAUCAACUACUCAGAAGGUAUGUUUAAUUUGUCGCACAUCACAUCAAUUAUAAAGCUGAUCAACCUUAUAGAAGCGCGUGCCACAGCAGACAAUAUUCUAGAUGAAUGCUCGAUUCUCAACUGCAUGCAAAUAAACGAGAUAGUUGAGAGACUAGAUUCGGAUGCAUCCUAUCAUUUUGGAGAAGAUAAUAGAGAUGACAGAUUUGUUCAAGAUCCCACAAUAAGCAUGCCUAACUAUACAAGCACGUCGCGCCAUGCUUUUAUAUGUCCAAGGUACAUUCCUUCUGAAAGCCUGAUGUCUAUACUGAAAUCAAUGAAUAAAUAG